UGCAGCACAGCAUUGAACGAGAAAAAGCAGUCAUUAAUCGUGCAUUGCUGUUCAAACGCUCGCCACACAACGCUGCUGCAGGCACGGCAGACUCCCAGGCGGUUGCAGCGAGCAGGCACUCCUCACUGCAUUGCAGUCCACAACAACAAAAAGAGACAAGAUGUCGCUCACCGAGGAAGCAGUGGGCAUGGCACCCGUGCAAGCGCAGGUCAUCGAGUGCGUGUUCCGCGAGCGCUACUCGGACUUUGUCGUGCGCGAGGUCGGCCCCGACGGCGCCGUCGCGCGCGUCGUGGCCGAGGCGCCGCCGGCCCACGCGCCCGACGAGGUCCCGGCGGAGGAGGAGGCGGCGGCGACGGCCGCGGGCCUCGCGGCGCUGGCGGGCGGCGGCGCCGACGUCGUCGAGGCGAUCGAGCGCGUGCUGAGCGGCGCCGACCCGGGCCCCGCCGCGCUGCCGCCGUGCUCCGACAAGGCCGCGCGGACGGCGCAGCACCAGUACGCGCGGCGCCUCGGGGCCGCGACGGACACGGACGGCGCCGGUCCCGCGAUGCACGUGCGCGUCUGGAAGGCCGGCGGCUCGCGGAAGCGGGCCCGCGACGGCGGCGGCCGGCAGGACUCGCGCAACGUCUGGCCCGCGGGUCGGCCGCGGUUCUGUCGCUUCGCGCUCUACAAAGAGAACUGCGACACGAUGGCCGUGGUCGGCGCGCUCGCGCGGGCCCUGCGGUGCAAGGCGUCGAGCGUGGGCUACGCGGGGACCAAGGACCGCCGCGCCGCGACGACGCAGUUCGCGACCGCGCACCGAAAGGACGCCCGGACGGUGUCCGCGGCGGUCGCGCGCGUGGCGCGGCAGUUCCCGGCGGUGCGGUGCGGCGGGUUCUCGUACGUGGGCGACGCGCUGCGGCUCGGCGAUUUGAGCGGCAACGCGUUCGAGGUCGCGCUGCGGCGCGCGCGCGUCGCGGGCGGCGACCGGGAGGCGCUCGUCGCGGCGGCCGCGGACGCGGCGCGGCGCGUCGGGGAGCGCGGUUUCGUGAACUACUUUGGCCUGCAGCGCUUUGGGACGGGGGCGACGUCGAACGCGAUCGUCGGCGAGGCGGUCCUGAAGGCGGCGACGGGCCGGGGGGAGUGGAAGGCAGUCUCCGAUUUGAUCCUCGGCGCGCGCGCGCGCGACGAGCCGCGCGAGGUCGAGGCCAAGGCGCACUACGCCGCGGGGCGUCUGCGAGAGGCGGUCGACGCGAUGCCGCGGCGGCAGCGCGUCGAACGCGGGCUGCUGGAAGGACUCGUGCGGCACGGCGCGAACGCGCACCUGUCGGCCUUUGAGACGCUGCCCAAGAACCUGCGGCUCAUGUACGUACACGCGUGGCGGCCCGGCGUCUUUGCUUCUUUUUUUGGAACCUCUCGUCUGGUUCGGACUUCGACGGGCGGCGACAGGCGGCCGUGCGGGACUUCGCACCUCGCGCCAAGGCCAUGCCCUUCGUGGCGUUCGACGGGUCGUACGACGCUUACUAUCGAGCUGGACUCAGAAGUCACAGUCAUCACCACGCUAGGCACCAGUCGCGCGUCUUCAACGCGGCCGCGGCCGCGCGGGCGACGCGGCACGGCUUCGCCGUCGUGGCCGGGGACCUGGUGCUCGAGCGCGGCGGCGAGAGUCGGCGGCUCGCCGCGGACGCGGCCGUGCGCGUCGUGGGCGCGGCGGACGUGGGCGCGUACGCGAUCGACGACGUCGUGCUGCCGCUGCCGGGGCACGCCGUGACGUAUCCCACUUUUGACGGAGCGGAAGACGCGUACGCCGGCCGCCUCGACGACUACCGGUCGGAGAAGCACGGCGAGUUCUCGCUCUCGGGGGCCUACCGGCCGUUCGUCGUGCGGCCCGCGGGCCUGAGCGUGGCAGUCGUGCGGCACACAGACGCCGACGAGCCGCUCCUGGCGACGGACGACCGCGCGGACGCGCCGCCCUUUGUCGCGCCGACGCCGGGCGCGCGGGACGCCCUGGUCGUCAAGUUCCAGUUGCCGUCGAGCGCGUACGCGACCGUGUGCCUGCGCGAGCUGACGGGCCAGUCCUUUUCGACGGCGGCGCACAUCUCGGCGAUGAAUGGGGCGCGCGACGCAUGCCCAAUCUCGUUCUACGAUGAAUAAUGUUAACAUCAGAAAGAAUCAUUCGACGAAUAAAUCUGGACCAGCCGGUAUGAAUGACCUUGCCGCGAUACGGCCCUAUAGCGGUGCGGGCGCGA